ACCAACAAAUUGAUAUGCACAACUAAACGCGCUCGAAUUUAAACUUCAAAAAAAUUUUCAAAUUUAGAAAUUAAAUUGUUGAUAAUAAAAAAAAAAAACCAUUUACACAAAAGUUUAUAUAAGAGCCGUUCUUGAUUAAAACAAUAUUUUCAAUAAUAUGGAUGUUGCUUCGAUAUGUUUACCUCUUGUUGAUAAAACAAUAUCAACUAGCGCGUCUCUUCCAAAGACAAAUGUGACUUCAUCGACAGAAUCGCUUAAAAGUACUUUACCUCCAAUAUCGUCACUUCUAUCACAACAUCCUGAUAAGACAUCUCCCACGCAUCAUGAAAAUCAUACCGCGCAACCUUAUUUACAUACUAAACCUAAUUCAGUUCAAUUAACUCAGCUUGAAUCUCAAAAGAGUUCAGUUAAUAGUUCACCUUCACUUAUAAAUCUUCAUCCAUUAUCUUUGGAAACUCCAAGACAACAAUCAUCCACUCAAAUACAUCCUAGCCCUCCCCUUACUACACCAAAUUUAAGUAGAUCCAAUUCGAACAUUCUCUUAAAUGAACAGAAUAGGUCACCAGAAUCUAAGCAUUCAUCAGAAUCAGUCGCGAGUCUGUCAAAAUCUAGUCCUUUAUUAAAUCCUCACGAAAUUAACGUUUCACAACAAAAACAACAUUCUUCGUUCCCGAAAAAUUCGUUUUCUCAUUCAAAUACGCUUACACAACCAUAUCAACAGUCGCAAUGGCAGAGGCAGCAUUCACAAAUGUUACCUUCAAAUCAACAAGACGCUAUACCUCCAAAAGAUACAAAACGGGAUUCUGUAAUACAGCAACAACAACAGACUAUGCAAUAUGAUGCAGCUAUUGCUGCUGGUGGACUCCCUUCAGAAUAUCAUUAUUAUCGUGCUUCUUUUGAAAAGGACGUUUAUCAAUCUGUCACUCGAGGAACCGAACGAACAAUGGCUGAUUUGAGAAAGAUAAUUGAUCAUUGUGCAAUUAUCGGCCAAUUCGCUACUCAAUAUGGUGAAAUAUGCAGUCGGACUGGAAAUAGUAGGCCAGACAUUUGGCCAAUGCAGCCAGCAAUCCCCAUUCCUACGGAAGCACAUGUCUCCGAAAUGAUAAAUAAAGCCUUUGAUAUUCUUUACGUGCUAAAUGCUUUAAAAGAUGAAGCAAGUCGUCGUGGCCCGGUUGGUAAUUGAGAUCAUUUUAAAAAAGAAAAAAUUGUAUCAAAAUCAUUAAUUUUAUCUUCAACCAAUAGAGUGAAAUUGAACUUAUCAGAAACAAACGA